UCUUCAGUCGAUUUGAAUAAAGACCGGAACACAAUAAAAAAGACGCAGUAAAAUCGAACUGAUCAAAGUCAGGAGGUCGCAGCAGGCAGAAGGAUCAAUUCGUUGCAAUGGCAAAUCAGUUUUCGUUGGAUUCAACAAGGGGAGAGCUUAUCGAUGUCGUUGCCUCGCCGCUGGAGCACAGAUUGCUAACUGGCCCGUCGAGCUCGAGCGAGGAAGUUGUCAUCUCAGAUGAGGAAAGACAGCAACUUGCUAGCACUCUGACGGCAUUUUUUCUUAAGAUAAAACAGGGUGAGAAUGCCUUGGGCAUCGAUCUCGCAUGGUCAAUGCUCGUUGACAACAAUUUUGAUUUUGAAUUCGAUGUAUCCGAAAGGACGAAUCUGAUAGCCGCCGCGAUAUCUACGCCAGAUCUACUCGAAGAUGCUCGUUUCGUCGCUCAGUUAAUUUCACGAGGCAGGAGAGUCCAGGCAAGAACCAAUGAGCAGUUUCAACUUCAAGACAGCGUUCGUAGAAUUUUGAGACCUUUCGCCACUAGCGAUCCCAGCUCUGAGCCGGUUGUGUACAAAGGUGCUCAGAUGGACUGCGGAUUCAGUGGAGAAGCGCGAGAAAAAGCUAGAUCCAACGUCUUAGAUAAAAACCCUUCUACUGGAAACAUGUCAUUCGCCCCGAUCCUGGCAUCCCACAGCUUGGUGGAUGGCAUGACGGAGGUCCAGUACUCUGCGGGAUCUUUUCAAACGAUGGAGGGGGAACUGAUCAGGAAUUACGAGAUGGCUGACGCUCUUCUCAAAGUUGUCAGAGAGAAGACACAAUCCAAUACGGACGAGGGCGUGGUACCUGGUAUGCAAGCACUUCAGAACUUUUGUGUUCAAUUGAGACAAAGUGGAGUCGAUCCGGCGCUCAUGUUAUCGUCGAUACUUUCCAGAAAUCAGCAGUUAACCUUCGGCGUGUCAGCUCUUGGUUGCGGUAUGACUGUGCAGAUCCCGUAUAUCGACAGACUGACACGCAAACUUGUGCAGUCGUUGAGUGAGGCAUGGAACGAGCAAAGGAGCAUUCAAAAUGUGGUAGUCACGACAGCUAGAGUGGACGGCAACCUUGUCAAGAACUAUAUCAGCCAUAUCAAGAGUCGCGGUGUUGUCGAACACUACACUCAUAGCAUCCUCAUCUACAGACACACUGACAGUAGACUCUUGUUGUAUGAUUACGGCUGUGUUGAAGAUAAGUUGGUGUUUAUGGCUGCUGCGAAUAAAGAAUUCACAAUGAACGAGCUUGAAGAUAUAUCGGGGGCAGAGAUCUACCAUUGUUCAAGGGACGACGAUGGCAAAUUCAAAGAAGGUGAUGCCGCUGCCCAUCCUCGGUUCAGGUUGUUACAGAAGUUAGCAAAGCACUUGAAGCCAAUUCGAAAGCAGAGAGAUGGUUCCUUUCUCAAAGCAUCGUCGAAAUGUCGCCUUCAUCAUUGUCCAGGGCUGUGUGCCAGGCUCAAAAGGCACCCAUCUCAGCUUGGUUGCUGGAAACAUCUUAUCAGUGGGAGGCCACCUACAACGGAGGAUGCAGAGAGGCUCCUGGAGGCGAAUGUCAUGGAGGUGCUGGCGCUUUUGACGUUGUGGUACCAGGACCCGUUUUAUUUCCAACUCUCCUACGAAUCAGUCCUAGAUUCAGGGCUCAGAAUGUCUUAUUUGCCAUAUAUGACCCCUGUCUUAGGUCAUGUCAUGUACUCCGUGCCUGCCAAUGUAGAUAAGAACCAAAUGUACUCUCAUGUCCCCGCCCCGUUUGAGAAGCGUACUGCAUUAGUGACGGUGGUAGCCCAUAAAAAUCACAGGUGCUGGAACCGCCGGUUACUAUGGGGAGGUCCCUCUGGUCGUGUCAAUGACACUCCCUCUCGGAAUACCGUAUAACAUAGAGAGUGAUGCAUGUAGAAGGAAUCGCUUGAUUGUACCAGCGUGUGCACUUCAGAGCUUCGGUAUGGUCUUCACAUGUUGUUAUGGACAUAUGCAAUCAGAAACACUUAAGAGUACUCAAGAUGGACGAUCUUCACGAUUUAGAGAUCUAGUUAGACACAUACUAUCAUGAAUAGUUUCACUCAUAUUUUUGUGUAUUAAUUCGAAU